AUGCCACAUAAUCCCUUGGAGGAACCCGCACUCGACAAUGAUUCGCUAUCUCUCAAGAAUAUUGAGUUGAUUGACGUCUUUAGUCGAAAGCGCACAUCUCUACGACCUCUACUAUCCCACACAUAUCCCAAUAAAACCCUUAUAUAUCAUGGUUACUUGGACUGCUUGCCGCUAUACCCAACUGUCGCUGUCUCCAUCUGCACCCUUGCUACAUAUCGACAGUCUCAUCGCACUUGGCCCCGAUUCAGUAUUCAAGCUCAAUGUAAGGCUUUAUGCCAUCUUCACAACAUACGUUAUACUAUUUGUUCUAUUCCGUAUCAAUCAUAUCUCAACACGCAGUUUUCAGACGCUUACGAUGUGUACCUCGAAAUCAUACAUCGUGUCGACUCCCUUAUCAAUGAAGCACUUGACUGCAAUACACCUAACUGGCACCUUCUCAACUCCUGCCCUUGCUGUUUCUACAAAUUAGAGGAUGAGGACAAUCUCACCUUUGAGUGGCUAGUGACGAUCAACAGUAAUAAUAGCUUAAAACGAUGGUCAUCGUCAAUAGAUGGCAGCACCACACGAGGUGAUUUGCGCAAGUUCCGCACCGACUAUUGGCUUGACCAUACAAUUGUUGACGGUUUCAAGGAUGAUGUGAGGGGACGACUAAAUACGGCGACAAAUAAUGAUGAUUGGCAAGACAUCGUGCCUCCAAAUGAAUCCGCACCUCCAUUCACUUGCAUUGACCGGUGGCGAAAUGCCGGUCCAGAACAAUGUAAACAGAUGUUUGCCAUAUUCGAUGAAUCUGGGAUCUUUAUUGCUGCAUGCCGCCAUCAGUUUGUCCUUCUCGCUUGCGAUAUGGUCAAAAGCGGUGAACUCGCUAAAUAUCCUUUGGCCAUCAUUGAGCGCCUGCUAACAGUUUAUGGGCAAAAUGGUGCCUGCGCAUAUGACAUCAGCUGCGCGUUUGCCAAGACACUGGCAAAUAGUAUGUUAGGACAACGUGCUAGUUCCCUCAACUUGCGGAUGAUGGUAGGAGCAUUCCAUGGCCACGCCCAUAAUCAAUGA